CUACGCAGAUGCACGCGGUCUGGGCUCCAGAAUGCCUCUGGACAGAGCGAGCAUUGUCUCGACUUCACAUGCCAUCCGCGCAAGCCGCGCAUGAGCCUGCUUUAUAAGGUGCUCGGCCUGUGUCCACGCAGGCCAGCUGACAGCAAUAACGCAUCCCAGUCCCGCCCUACCCUUCGCAGAACCUUCCUCUUCGACGCUAGCAUGGAUCUCGUCCAGUUCUUCGACGACUCUCUGUUCAGCUUCAGCAAUCCUCUCUCCGAGUUCGAUCGUCUCUUCGAUCACGCCUUCCCUGGACGCGCCGCGGCUGCGCCCCAUCACCAAGUCCAGCAGGCGAACAACACGUCUCAUGUUUUACGUCCAUCACCAGAGGCGCAUGAACACAAGGAGAAGAACGGGGUUAGUCCCGCGGGUGCCAAGCCCGAAGGGACGCCGGCAACGGGUCAUGGUGAUCUGAACGCCGCAUACUUGAGGAAACCCUCGGAACAGCAGUCAAGAAAAGUCGCUGUCUCUUGAAAACAUUAAACCUUGCCUUAAUCGCUUUCCAUCGCUUUACCACCAUCGUUGUUGUCGCCACCACCGCUUUCCCGCACUGUACUACCACACUCAAGCACCUGUAGACAUAGCAUAAUAUCUUCUCACCGCUCAAAGCCAUUUAGCAUUCUUCGUCUCGCUAUGGAAGUUUAGUUCCACGAAGCCUGCGCCCGGGCGUAUCGUGGAGUUCGAGGCACACUAGCGCUCGCAGGAGCAUCUCUGCCUCAUACCACCACCGCGCGUCAUCAGUGUCAUCUCAGAACGUCCGCCAGACGGCCUAACCCACUGAAAUAUGUCGAACACUCACAACCCUUCUCGCGACGAGAUGACCACCUCCAAACAUCCCGAAAUCGACUCUCCUGGCUAUACGAACGAAGGCCGACGGGACGCAACCAGCGAUGUUCCUGCGAAAGACGUCGGUACAGAGGGCAGCGCUCCCCGCUCUGAUCCUGCCGCGUCCGGGAAGGUAGUUUACGCAGAGUCCAGCUACGGCGCAGGGUCAUCUGGAGGAGGAGACUGGUUGGAGGAGGGGAUGGACAGCUGAACGGUGAAAUUAGGAGCGUGUUAAGCCUCGAAAAGUUGUAGGAUAGUUUCAAGAUGUAGCAAUAUGCCUCAAUGGAGUGGUGC